GAUGUCGGUUGUGCUUACUUGCAAAUACGGUGUUAAUAAAGUAAUUAAUUAAGGUCAAAAUGGAUUUGAGACAAUAUUUUAUUUUAAUGUUGUGCUUUGCGGGCGUCUUACCGAAGUCUAUUAAUAUUUCCAAUCGCGAUGAGAGUGAGAAGCAACCCUUCUUAGAGAUCGGUAGUAAAUAUUACCUAAUAAAUACUGCUACUACGAUGAAUUGGUUCAAUGCGGCGCUUUAUUGUCGCAACUACGAUAUGGAUUUGGCCGUAAUUGAAUCGGCAGCUGAGAUGAAUGCACUGAAUUCCUAUUUAACCACGAAUGAAGGUCUCGUUAGCCUUUAUUUCUGGCUUGGUGUCAGCGAUUUGGCGGAGGAAGGUAAAUUUAUGUCACUCAAAGAUGGACGUCCAAUGCUCUAUGCUAAAUGGUCAGGCGGUCAACCAGACAAUGCUGGUCAAAAUGAGGAUUGUGUACAUCUUUGGCCAGUUAAUAAUAUAUUCUAUAUGAAUGAUAACAAUUGCAUGAGUUAUUUUCAUAUCAUCUGUGAGUUGCGGCAAUCGAAGAAGACUUGUGACGUGUGUGAUUUGAAAAUUUUUAUGGAAAGAUGCAUGCAACAUACAAAUGUUCCAAACUGUCGAAAUUAGUUAGGUGGAAGUAUCAGUUUUAUUAAUAAAAUCGUUGCUUCAUAA